UUCCUUCUAUAUUCUCAAACUCCAAGAAAACUCUAUACUUAGGUAACAAUUCAAAUUAAUAAGACAGGUUUGAUCGUGAUCAAAGCAGAGAUGGGCGGUCCAGGAUCAUCAUCCCCAUGUGCUUCGUGUAAGCUUCUUCGACGACGCUGUGCAAAAGAUUGUAUCUUUGCACCUUAUUUCCCUCCUGACGAUCCUCACAAAUUCGCCAUUGUUCAUAAGGUCUUCGGCGCAAGCAACGUCAGCAAAAUGUUGCAGGAACUACCAGUUAAUCAAAGAGCUGACGCGGUGAAUAGUCUGGUUUUUGAAGCAAACGCACGAGUUAGAGAUCCGGUAUAUGGCUGCGUAGGAGCAAUCUCCUACUUACAAAACCAAGUCUCACAGCUUCAAAUGCAACUAGCAGUGGCUCAAGCCGAGAUUCUCUGUAUCCAGAUGCAACACGAGCAACCUUUACAAUCUCAUCAUCAAGUACUUGAACUAGACCAAGACGAAAAAGCUCUCUUGCUAAACAACAACAAUAUCAAUAACUGCAACAACGACAAUAACAACUUGGGUUAUGCCAUGUCUUCUGGGCAGUUUAACUCUAACUUUGCUUCUCCAAGUAGUAUAAUGCAGAUGCAGAUGCAGAUGCAAAUGCAAGACCCUCUUAAGCAAGAAUCUCUUUGGACUUGACUUAAGCCAUUGUUAUAAAAUUAAUCAUCGUUGUUUGGAAAAACUCAAAUGAAGACUCGACAAGUUUGCUUCUUGGCUAUGUUUAAAAAGAGAAGAUGGGAACAAGUUUCGUGUUAGCAAAGUAAUAUAAGUCAAAAGCUUUAAUGCAUGCAUGUGGG